ACAGUGGAGACCCCGGACAAGAGACGGACAGCCCUCUGGCACGAUGCCCACUCCAAACAUCUCCACGCCUCCGGCCAAGGGCUUCCGCAGGGCAGUGUCCGAGCUGGAUUCCAAACAGGCGGAGGCCAUUAUGUCCCCGAGGUUCAUUGGCAGGCGGCAGAGCCUCAUUGAAGAUGCUCGCAAGGAAAGGGAGGCAGCCAUGGCAGCUGCGGCAGCGGAGGCCUCCGGGGAUCCCCUAGACGCCAUUGUCUUUGAGGAGAAGGAUGGAAAGGCCCUCCUCAACCUCUUCUUCACUCUGAAGACAGCCAAGUCCACAUCACUGUCCCGGGCCCUGAAAGUGUUCGAGACGUUCGAAGCCAAAAUCCACCACCUGGAGACCAGAACCAACAGGAAGCCGAAGGAGGGGACGUCGGAGCUCGAAUACUUUGUCCGCUGUGAAGUCCACAGCAGCGACCUGGGCGCCUUCCUCAGCUCCGUCCGGAGGGUCUCCGACGAGGUGCGCAGCACCAAGGAGCACAAAAUUCACUGGUUUCCCAGAAAGAUCUCCGAACUGGACAAAUGCCACCACCUGGUCACCAAAUUUGACCCUGAUCUGGACCUGGACCACCCAGGAUUUUCUGAUCAGGUCUAUCGCCAGCGGAGGAAGCUGAUAGCAGAAAUCGCUUUCCAAUACAAGCAUGGAGAGCCGAUCCCCCGCGUGGAGUAUACAGCAGAGGAGAUCGCCACCUGGAGAGAGGUCUUCACCACCCUGAAGAGCCUGUACCCUACCCAUGCUUGCCGGGAGCAUGUGGAGGCCUUCCAGCUGCUGGAAAGGUCCUGCGGCUACAGCGAGAAUAACAUCCCCCAGCUUGAAGAUGUGUCCCGCUUUCUGAAGGAGAGGACAGGCUUCCAGCUGAGGCCAGUGGCCGGCCUGCUCUCUGCCCGAGACUUCCUGUCCAGCCUGGCUUUCAGGGUGUUCCAGUGCACCCAAUAUGUCCGCCAUGCCUCCUCGCCCAUGCAUUCCCCAGAGCCGGACUGCUGUCAUGAGCUCCUGGGGCACGUGCCCAUGCUGGCAGACAGGACUUUUGCCCAGUUCUCCCAGGAUAUUGGCCUUGCCUCCCUCGGUGCCACCGAUGAGGAGAUUGAGAAGUUAUCCACGCUCUACUGGUUCACCGUGGAGUUUGGGCUCUGCAAGCAGAACGGAGCUGUCAAAGCCUAUGGAGCCGGCCUCCUGUCCUCCUAUGGGGAGCUCAUCCACUCCCUGUCCGAGGAGCCCGAGGUCCGGGAGUUUGACCCCGAGGCCGCCGCUGUGCAGCCGUACCAGGACCAAACCUACCAGCCUGUCUACUUCGUGUCGGAGAGCUUUAGUGAUGCCAAAGACAAGCUCAGGAACUACUCGACUCAAAUCUGCCGCCCCUUCUCUGUGAAGUUUGACCCCUACACACUGGGCAUAGAGGUCCUGGACAGCCCCCAGAAGAUCCAGCGCUCUCUGCAAGGCGUCCAGGAUGAGCUUCACUUGUUGACCCAUGCGCUCAAUGCCAUGAGCUAAUGCCCAGGCGCUCUGGCCCCCUUAGCCUCCUCACCCCGUGUCUGUCCCCACCUCUGCCCAGGACCCGGCGUGUUGCCUUGUCUCCCCAGCAUAGCCCAUCUCCCUAGCCCCCAUCUCAUGGAUCCCCAAGGUUGGCGUCAAGGCAGCAGAGGCGGCAGCAAGUGUCCCACCUGGGGUGGAGAACCCUGGACUCUCAGCCUGAAGAGCUGCAUUGAAAUCCUGGCCCAGACCCUUACAGGCAAGCCCUGGUACCCCCUGGUACCACUUCCACCCCAGGGCUGUUAGGAGGAGACUGAGGAUUGAGAGCUGGGUGGGGGCCUAAGAGUCCACUACAGUCCUGAUGCCUAGGGGAAACCCAGAGAGGAGAGGGAAUUGCCCCAAAGGCCUGAGUGCUGGGGUCUUUCCACUGAAUGAGGCUGGGACAAACCUUAGCUAGCACUCUGCCCUCCAGCCCCCAGCCCCAUAAAGAAAGGAUUAGUGGUGGGUGUGGGGCCCAGAAGCCAUCCACCCCGGCCUGAGAUAUCGAAGAACGCCCACACUGGGAUAGCAGCCAGCCCCUCACUCUUCCUAGCCCCCUGAGCACCAGCCCGGCUGACAUGGAACAGGGUGAUCCCCUCCCCCACCUUGACUACCGGCCUGCACGCCAGUGUCCAGACCUAGGGUUCCCAACUCCCAGUGUGGAUCCAUUCCCUCUCUUCCCCCUUCUCUUUCUUCUCCCUUUGUUUAAAUUGAGGGGCUGAGGUGGAGCUGAUUUGGAGGGCCUUCUUGGCCCCUGACUCAUUGGGGUUCUGGGGUGCAUUGGGUCUUGGGGGGUAGGGGUCCCAAGCAUGUCCCUAUGGUCCUUGUCACUGCUGCUGCUGCUGUGUGUGUGGGUGUAAGUGUGUGCAUUUGUUUUCUCUGACUUUCCUUGAGUCCAAAGGGCCCUGCCUAUGUAGGUCCCAGGGUCUAGAGCUGCUGCUACCACUUGGGGGGGGGGUGUCCUGCAUGACUGGCCAUGGCCAUGACAAUAAAGGUCAAAAUCUAUUUCUUGACAAGCAA